AAUGCAAAUUUUCUCUAUAAAUUUAAUCUACCUAAUAUUAACCUUUAUCAGAACCCGUAAGUUUUCUUGAUAAUAUUGAUUGUUUUGAUUCAUUUUAUUUUUUAGCAUUUUAUUUUUCCUUUUUUCUUGCGAAAAAUUUGUCAUGCCAUAUGGUGUUUAUAAGUAGCUUGUAGACGGCUUGACAAAUCACAAGAAAGGACCUCUUGCCCUCUUGUCCAUUGUCGAGAGAGAGAGAGAGAGAGAGAUUUCUUGCUAGCAUGGAGUACUCAAGUGAUAAUGAUCUCUCUGAGCCCAUGUUAGUUCCCAAAACAUCUUCAUUACCGCAGAUAGUAAGCUCGGAACUGGAAGACACACUAAACAACACUGACUUCUCAUACUUCCAGCGUCUCCGAACGGCCACGUGGCUCGAGACGAAGACCCUGUGUCGCCUGGCAGCUCCGGCGGUGGUGGUUUACUUGCUCAACAAUGUUAUAACCUUGUCCACCCAAAUCUUCUGUGGUCAUCUUGGCAAUCUUGAACUUGCUGCCUCAUCUCUUGGCAACAUUGGGAUUCAAGUUUUCACCUUUGGCCUCAUGCUUGGUAUGGGUAGUGCGGUGGAAACUCUAUGUGGUCAAGCCUAUGGAGCACAUAAAUAUGAAAUGCUGGGCAUAUACAUGCAGAGAUCAACAAUCCUCCUCGUGGCAACUGGGAUCCCACUUACGAUAAUUUACAUCUUCUCCAAGCCCCUCUUGCUAGCCCUAGGUGAAUCAGCCUCCAUCUCAGCUGCGGCCGCGGUUUUCGUAUACGGUCUGAUCCCUCAAAUAUUUGCCUACGCUUGCAAUUUCCCCAUACAAAAAUUCCUCCAAGCCCAGAGCAUAGUGUUCCCUAGUGCCUACAUCUCAGCAGGUGCACUUGUGGUGCACAUAGUGUUAAGCUGGGUGGUGGUGUACAAACUGGAUUGGGGUUUGCUGGGUGCGGCGUUGAUGCUGAGUUUUUCAUGGUGGAUUAUAGUGGUGGCACAGUUUGUAUACAUUGUUUGGACUCCAAGGUGCAAGAGUACAUGGAGAGGUUUUAGCAUUAGGGCAUUUUCCGGUCUUUGGAGAUUUUUGAAGUUGUCUGCAGCAUCGGCCGUAAUGUUAUGCCUUGAGACUUGGUAUUAUCAAAUUAUAGUUUUGAUUGCUGGGUUGCUUCAAGAUGCUGAAAUUGCCUUGGACGCCCUCUCUAUCUGCAUGGCCAUAACUGGAUGGGUGCUCAUGGUUUCUGUGGGGUUCAAUGCUGCUGCAAGUGUGAGGGUCGGGAAUGAGCUUGGGGCUGGGCAUCCAAAAGCGGCUGCAUUUGCAGUUGUGAUGGCAACUUCAAGCUCCUUCCUCAUCUCGGUGGUCUGUGCCAUAAUUGUACUUGCAUUGCGAGAUGUCAUAAGUUACAUUUUCACUGAGGGGGAAACAGUCUCUAAUGCAGUCUCAGAACUUUCUCCUUAUCUUGCAACAUCUAUCAUUCUCAACGGUAUCCAACCUGUUUUGUCAGGGGUGGCCGUUGGGUGUGGAUGGCAAGCAUUUGUAGCAUAUGUUAACGUGGGAUGCUACUACAUCGUUGGCAUUCCAUUGGGUUGCCUUCUUGGCUUCAAGUUCGACUUUGGAGCUCAGGGAAUAUGGGCUGGGAUGAUAGGAGGUACUUUUAUGCAGACCGUUAUCUUAAUGUGGGUCACAUUUCGGACUGACUGGAACAAAGAGGUUGAAAAGGUAAGGAAUCGUUUGGACAAUUGGGAAGACAAAAAGGAGCGUUCUCAAGAGGAUCUUCUGAUUAAUUAGAGCAUCUCGAGAUGUUAAAUUUACAUUGUCAAAUUUGAUUUGAUGGUUGACAAGACAAUUUAAAAAUAAAAGCUAAAUUUACCUCUUUUUUUCUUCCAAGGACGAGUCAGAUUAUUUUGAGUGCUGAUGUUACAACGUUAGUGUCUUAUUUGCCCAUGUAUUAUUUAAUAAAAAUAUUAAUAACGUAUUUAUUCA